GUCUGACUUGCGUGCAACUGUUCUCUUCUUGAUAGAAGGGGCCCGACUCAUGGAACAAAGUUUUCGCCCGCGACGGUGUCUGACUUGCGUGCAGCUCUGUUCUAUUCUUGAGAACAACAGGCAUCACCGUCAUUUUCGGCUCUCGCAGUUUGGCGCUGCACACCCUUGUUGACACAACAUCCGAAAACGGCAAAAAGACUGUUCAGCACGGAGCCCAUCUACGGCACGGCAACAAUGGUUUCUAGACGGCUAAGAGGCUCAAACCCCACCCGCUACCAAGACAGGCGGGAAGAAGAGGAGGCGAUCGAUCCCAGGAGCGGCCCGGGAGACGAGGAGGCUGCCUCGAGGCUGCGGGAGCUGCGGCUGCUGGCCUCGGAGGCGAUCCGGCUGGCCAGGGAAGCCCGCGAGGCCGCUCUGCGCCUGCAGGAGUACCGGACGGCGGUCUCCAUGCCCUACCGCCAGGGCGGGAUGGUGGGCGUGGACGACGCCUCGACCCUGCGAGAGGACGGAAGCUGCGCCAGGAGCUGAGCCCGGCGGAAGCCUUGGCGGCGUUGGCCGGCCCGCUUUGCCCGACCGGGGAGGCGAGGGGUGUUUUGCGGAGGCAUCGCUCGGUACGGACCGGUGUCGAAGCCGAACCUUCUUGCGGUCGCUCUGCUUUGCGUCCCCUUGCUCGUGCUGCGAAGACAAGGAAGCCGAAUUGCGGUGGAAAAAGGAACGGCGAAUCCAAGCAAAACCAUUGCCGGCCAAAAACCGACAGGGGACCCUUGUGUCGGUGGCGAUGGCCUUGGAGUGCAACACGGUCGGGCGUGGAUCGCACAUUGCUGUCUGCACUCGUGCGCAGGCGGAACGGAUCGUUGCGAAGACGAUCGAUGUGCUUCCGACGACCCGGCCGGAAGGAGGCAGAGCAUUGCCGUCUGCACUCGUGCGCAGACGCAACAGAUCGUUGCGAAGACAGAGAGGGCAGAUGUGUACGUGUUAUCGAGCACUAGGGCCCAACGAAAGCCUUCCAAGGAUUUCGCGUCCAUUCUCGGGUUGAUUCCACGGUUUGCAAGCAGUCAUAGUAGUGUACAGUACUAGUAAACAAUGUAUCGUUAA